AUGGCCUCGGAUAACGGUCCUAUCGCGACCGAAGCCCCUCUUCUGGCAGCGGCGACGCCCGUCGCAUCAGACGUUUUCGCGCUUGGAGAUCCUGCUCGCACCAAGUCGCUCAAGAGGGUGCGCGAAUCCACGCCGUCAUCGCCAACGUCUGUCAUUGAACCUGCAGUCGACGGCGCUCUCCCCGCGGCCGCUCCCUCUACCGACUAUCCCUCUCCUACGAAGUCUGCUCGCUUUGCCUUGACAUCGUCACGCCGCUCACCGACGCCUUUGACAGCUGCGGCCGCCCUCGAGGCUCUCGAAGAGGAACGCAGGCGCGAACUGCGCCUGAACCCGCCUGCAUCAAGUGACAACCCCGGCCACUCGGUCCUAUCUGUCCUCGCCGGCACUGUUGCUGCCAUGAGCCGGGCCGACGAAGCGCCACAAGCUCCCACGGCUCCCAUGGAAGCCUCUUCAAAGGCACCUGAGGCCGUGAUACCACCGCAGGCCAGUGAUGCGCCAGCAGAGGCCUCACAGAUGAGCCCGCAGAGCGUGACGAGCGCUGCUAGCAUCGCAGGCGCUCUUGUGACGGCAAGCCCCGGUCCAAUGGAUAUUGAUACCAAGAGCAACGAGCAACCUUUGCAACUAGAGGCACAGCAACAGCACCCAUACCAACACCAACACCAGUACCAAGACCAGCACCAGCCAGAGCACCAGCCAGAGCACCAGCCAGAGCACCAGCCAGAGCACCAGCCAGAGCACCAGCCAGAACAUCAGCCAGAGCACCAGCCAGAGCACCAGCCAGAGCAUCAGCCAGAGCAUCAGCCAGAGCAUCAGCCAGAGCAUCAGCCAGAGCAUCAGCCGGAACACCAGCCACCGCACCAGCAGCACCAGGCGGAGCACCAGCCAGAGCAUCCCUCGCAGCCGUCGCACCCAGCCCCGGUUCACGAUGAAAAGAAUCCGCCUGGAUCACUAUCGUACCCUGGAUCGCUUCAAGCCGCUGCUAUGAUGCCCGCACCACCCACGCGCGGCAUGAGCUUCCCUAUGCCGUCGCCUGGCCACGACUCUCCCACCCAGUCGGGUAAGAAACACAAGUGUCCAUUCUGCGAGACCGAGUUCACACGUCAUCACAACUUAAAGAGCCAUCUCCUCACGCAUAGCCAGGAGAAGCCUUAUAUCUGCCAAGAGUGCAACAUGCGGUUUCGGCGUCUCCAUGAUCUGAAGCGUCACAGCAAACUCCACACCGGCGAGAAGCCUCACAUAUGUCCCAAGUGCGAUCGCAAGUUUGCCCGGGGCGAUGCGCUGGCCCGACACAGCAAAGGUGCCGGUGGUUGUGCUGGCCGCCGCUCCAGCAUGGGUAGUUUUGCCGAGACAGACGACAUGGAUGGUCCAAGUCUGCAUGACGGCGAUGACUCGAUGGCCGGCAUAGUCUAUGGCAAUGAAGAAGAUAUGACGGAAGAGGAUAGACGUUUGAGUCUACCGAGCAUCAAAGCUCAGCAUGUUGCGGGAGGGCAGGGAAGUGUUGAUGGGUACAACGCUCAUUCUAGGACCUACCCGCCAGCAGGCCCUCGACCUGGGACAGGUGGGCUUUACCCGCCAAAUGUUGAUCGCGGCGCGACAAGUUCAAACACAUCUCCGAGCAUGCCCAACAGCAUUGCCGGCGCUCACACGUCGAACACAAGUGUGUCAUCGGUGCCUGUGGGCGGCGCUUCCGUCUAUUCACAAAGUGGCAUGACAGAAAGUCCGAAGCCUCUAAGCCCAGGGCACGAUGCAAACAACAUUGCGAGACAACGUUCGCCCAGUCUCACCCAGCAAUUCCAACAGCAACAUUAUGGCCGUAGGCCUUCGGAUAGGCACACCCCACCAGCAUUCGCUGCCUCCACAGCACAAACUGGCGCGGCCCCGUCGGCGGCCGCUCAUCCCCGUGGCUCAAGUGGAACGCAAUCCGGAAGUGGGACCGAAAACGGCGGCAACAUGUUUGCCACCGACCCCGGUGUAUGGGCGUACAUCCAAAGUCUCGAAGACAAGGUCAAACAAUUGUCGGACAAGGUCACGGCGUUUGAGAAAGCGGAGAGCGCGAAGCAGGCACAAAUUGGCCUGCUCACGAGUGAAGUCACUGGGCUCAAGAAACAGCUAGAGGCCCGGGAUGUCGAAGCGACGGAAGUCAAAGCAUAA